AUGUCUUACAAUAUCUCUGGCGACCCAGAUGAUAGUGACUCCGAUUCACUUGACGUGCCGGUGGAACUACACUCAAACAAGUCACACCAACACCGAUCACAAAAUGCCGUUUUUACUGCCCUACUCGAGCAGCACGUAGUCGACGAGUCGACCGACAGCCCCAAAGAGGAGCCCCUUUCCAAAAAUGAGCAAAAUGACAUUCACACCACACGGGUGAUGGCAGACCAGAGUCACGAGGCUGGAGCACUAGAUCCUCGAGAGUAUCAAGUCCAGCUGUUUGAGAAAGCCAAAGCUCAAAACACAAUUGCAGUUCUUGACACGGGCUCUGGGAAAACAUUAGUUGCGGUGCUUCUGCUGAAGCACAUCAUGGAGCAGGAGUUACGGGAUCGCGCAGAAGGGGCAAAGCCAAGAGUUUCCUUCUUCCUGGUGGAUAGUGUGACCUUGGUUUUCCAGCAGUCUUCAGUAUUGCGGAGCAAUCUCAACCAGAAGGUGGCCUAUUUCUAUGGUGCACUCGGACCCGACCUUUGGGACAAGACAACAUGGAAACAACAUCUCGAGAACAAUAUGGUGUUUGUCUUCACGGCCGACAUUCUGAACCACGCUCUGCUCAAUGGACACGUGAAGAUUGACCAGAUCAAUCUUUUGAUUUUCGACGAGGCGCAUCACACCAAAAAGGAGCAUGUUUAUGCCCGGAUCAUCAGGGAGUAUUAUUUGAAUGUGGAUCCCACCAGAAGACCUAGAAUCUUUGGUAUGACGGCUUCUCCGGUUGAUGCAAAGUGUGACAUAGCAGAAGCAGCGACGCAGCUGGAGACUCUUAUGGAUUGCCGUAUUGCGACAGCACCAAAUAUGGACCUCCUGCGGCAGUACGUGAGCAAACCAACUGAAGAGGAAUGGGUCUAUCAAAAGCUUUUACCGCCAUUCGAGACAGAGUUAUACACUAUGUUAAAAGGCAGAUAUGGAGAUAUGCAGCAUCUCAGCGGAACUUUUCAAUUUGCUUACGUCGCAAGCUCUGAACUAGGGCCAUGGUGCGCAGACCAGGUCUGGGCCCUGGCCCUCGCUGAUGAAGUUCUACCCAAACUCGAGGCUAGCAUCAUGAAAGAUGCCGGUGGUGACCCCCAGGUCUUGGAGAAAGCCCAAAGUGACGUCAAGCGAGCCAAUGAAGCGAGUGAGUUUGUCAGGAAGUAUAUCUCUGACAAUGCUUUCAGGCCAGUGGAACUCAGUUCAAAGGUUGAGCUUUUGUUGAAAAGUCUCAGCGAACAGUUCGUGAAAUGGCCAGAGAACAAGUGUAUUGUCUUCACAGAGCGACGAAAUACCGCGAAGGUCUUGCUGCAGCUCUGUCAAGAGAAACGAAUCCCAAACUUGCGUCCUGCUCUGCUGGUCGGUGCGCGAAAAGGCGACCUCGUGGGGAAGAAUGUGACACUCAAUCAGCAGUUUCUUGCUUUGAUGAACUUUCGAAAAGGGAAUGUCAACUGUCUAUUCGCAACAGCGGUGGCAGAGGAAGGGCUUGAUAUCCCCGACUGUAACCUAGUUGUGAGGUUCAACCUUUAUGACACAGUGAUCCAAUAUGUUCAAAGUAGAGGUCGUGCUAGACAUUCUGACUCUGUGUAUGCAACAAUGGUUGAAGAACGCAACCGGUACCACCAGAUGAGGAUACAGGAAGUGAAGAAAGCCGAGGUUCUCAUGAGGAAUUUCUGCGACAUGCUGCCGGAAGACAGAAAGCUAUACGGACCCGAAGACGACUUGGAGAACAUCAUGGUCGGAGAAGGCCGCAAAAGAUCAUACAAUGUUGCCAAAACUGGGGCUAAGUUAACCUACCCACAUGCCGUUGUUAUUCUUGAGAGAUUCGCGUCCUCGUUGCAAUACGAACGUGACAUUUCACCUCGAGUCACGUACAUAAUCAUCCCCGAGAAUGAUUCAUUUGCCUGUGAAAUCAUUCUACCGGAAAAGUCACCAAUUAGAGGAAUAAUCGGAUGUCCUGAGGCAAAGAAGUCAUAUGCUAAGCAAUCAGCUGCUUUUGACGUCUGUCUACUGCUUCGAAAAAACAACUUACUGGAUGAUCAUUUCAAAUCGAUUUACGAAAAACGUCUACCAGCGAUGCGUAACGCCAAGCUUGCCAUCACUUCCAAGAAGACGGACCAAUACACAAUGCGUAACAAACCUCAAAUCUGGCUUGAUCAACACGGAACCAUACCAACUCGUCUAUAUGCAACAGCCAUUCGUCUUACUCCAACCGAGCCUCUGAGUCGAGAACCUGGAAGUAUCAUUCUGUUCACACGACAUAGACUUCCACAGUUCCCGAUCUUUCCGGUUUACUUAGACAGCGAUGUCGAAACAACGGUUCAUUGCUCGACCAUUGAUGAGUGUCUGGAGGUUGAUGCAUCAAUGCUAGAAAUGCUCACUGACUUCACACUUGCCGUCUUUCACGACAUAUUCAAGAAAACUUACUCACGGGUUUUAGAGAACUUUCCCUACUGGAUUGCCCCCCUUCAGGAAAAGGUACUCAAAGCAGGACCUGGAGGAUCCACUGAUCUCUUGGGGAUGAUUGACUGGGAAGCUGUACGCUACGUUCAAGAAAACCCUGAGAUAUCUUGGUCGAGAAAUAUGAGACCUGAGUCUCUGAUUGAUCGAUUCAUGUACGAUGACUGGAAUGGCAAAUAUCGUUACUUCUCAAUUGCCAUAGCUCGCCAUUUGCGCCCUUCCGAUCCGCCCCCAUAUUGGGUGCCCUCCCGAAAAUGGGACACAGAUAUCAUGAAUUGGUCGCUGAGUCUUAGCAAGAACUCACGAUUGAAGUUUUUCGAUCGUUGCGACUGGAGCCAACCAGUCGUGGACGUUGAGCUGAUAUCUCCUCGACGCAACUUUCUUGACAAAGUAUCAGAGGAGGAUGAGGAUUCAGAAAGCAUGCGAUGUGUUAUUUGCCCACAGGCUUUGAAUAUCUCUCCCAUCCCUGUAUCAAUAGUCACAGCUUGUUUAGCUUUUCCAGCAAUCAUAUCUCGCCUUGAGUCCUAUUUGAUCGCAAGGGAGGGGUGUGAAAUGCUCGGUCUUGACGUCAAGCUUGAACAUGCUCUAGAAGCAUUCACCAAAGACUCCGACAACACCGAAGAGCAUCGGAGUCUUCAAAUCCACGUCCAGCGUGGAAUGGGCAAGAAUUAUGAGCGUCUUGAAUUUCUGGGUGACUCCGUCCUCAAACUGGCAACAACCAUUUCACUCUUUGCGCAAAAGCCAGAUGAUGAUGAAUAUGACUACCACGUCAACCGAAUGUGUCUUAUCUGCAACAAGAAUCUGUUCAUCAAUGCCAACGAACAAACUCUAUACGAGUACAUCCGAAGUCGUGGUUUCUCUCGUCAUUUGUGGUACCCUCCGGGUGUGUCACUUGAAGUCGGCCGAGAUCAUGCUAAAUUUGUUAUCAAUGAGAGUCGACACGCUCUUUCCGAGAAAACUAUUGCGGACGUUUGCGAAGCAUUGAUUGGAGCUUCACUGCUGUCAGGGAGUGAAAGGAAUCGAUUUGACAUGGCAAUCAAAGCUGUGACUGUAUUCGUGAACAGCCCAAACCAUACCGCCGCCUCAUGGGAAGAUUACCUAUCAGUCUACUCCCUUCCAUCAUACCAGAUACAGACGGCUGAUGCGUUUGAAGAAAAUCUAUGUGAGCAGGUCGAACAUUUGGGUUAUAGGUUCAGGUACCCUCGUCUUCUACGGUCAGCAUUUACUCAUCCAUCCUACCCCUCGGCUUGGGCGAAGGUGCCUUGCUAUCAACGCCUUGAAUUCUUGGGGGACGCGCUCCUGGAUAUGGCUUGCGUGGAGCAUGUGUUUCAUCGUUUCCCCGAUCGAGAUCCUCAAUGGCUCACAGAACACAAAAUGGCGAUGGUGUCGAACAAGUUCCUCGGUGCUUUGGCAGUCAGACUGGGGCUCCACAAACAUCUCCAACACUUCAGCAAUGCUAUCCUGGCAAAUAUCACCAAUUACACAGAAGAGCUUCGAGUCGCAGAACAAGAGGUCAAAGGGGAGGUAGACUACUGGCUAUCAACAACAGACCCUCCCAAGUGCCUCCCUGACAUGCUAGAGGCUUACCUCGGUGCCAUAUUCGUGGACUCUGGCUUUGAUUACACAGUGAUUGAAGCAUUCUUCGAGAAACACGUCAUGUAUUUCUUCCAGGAUAUGUCGAUUUACGACACUUUCGCUAAUCGACAUCCUACGACAUUCCUCCACAAUCAAUUAACCUUGGAGUACCGGUGCAGCGACUACUGCCUCAAAACCGGGGCACUUCCAGUUAUUGACGGGGAGAGUCCCAAGGUGCUCUCAGCAGUCAUAGUACACGGCAUUACUGUUGCAAAGGCGGUUGCAUCCUCUGGUCGAUAUGGCAAAGUCAAAGCCAGUGAACAGGCUCUGAAAAGUCUCAACGGGCUGAGUCGCGCGGAGUUCCGCCUGAAAUUCAGCUGCAACUGCCGAGAUGAGGUGCAAGAGACAGAAUUUGGGACUGCAGUCUGA